GGGCAUGGCUGAGCAGAAGCCAAGGGGUAGGUGUACUGGGAAGCGGACAAGUUCGAGCUGCCAACGCCGGGGCCGCCGGGGCCAUGGACGGCCUGCGACAGAGGUUCGAGCGCUUUCUGCAACACAGGAAUCUAGCCACCGAAACACUCGGAUGGCUCGAAGCCUGGACCGGUGUCGAGAAGCGUUAUCUGGCCGUGGGAGCCGUCACUCUGCUAAGCUUAUACCUUCUAUUCGGCUACGGGGCCUCUCUUCUGUGCAAUCUAAUCGGAUUUGUAUACCCCGCAUAUGCUUCAAUCAAGGCUAUCGAAAGCCCAAGCAAAGAAGACGACACUGUGUGGCUCACUUACUGGGUGGUGUACGCUCUGUUCGGUCUGGCCGAGUUCUUCAGCGAUCUACUCCUGUUCUGGUUCCCUUUCUACUACGCGGGCAAGUGCGCCUUCCUGUUGUUCUGCAUGAGUCCGGGGCAGUGGAACGGAGCCCUAAUACUAUAUCACCGCGUCGUUCGACCACUCUUCCUAAAGCAUCACGCAGCCGUGGACCGCGCCCUGAGCCAUCUCAGCAGCAAAGCUCUGGACGCAGCAGCAGGAGUAACCAGGGACGUACUACAAGCUCUGGCUCGCGGCCGAGCCCUCGUCACCCCAGCACCUGUGGCUCCGGUGGCACUGGCACCGGCGGAGGCAGCGGCAGCGGCAGUGGCACCGGCACCGGUGGCGGCCGGCAGCGGCGGCGGCAGCGGCGGCGGCGUCAGCAGCAGCAGUGGAGGAAAUCUCUACCACUCAGGAAGCCAGCCAGUCCAAGUCAGGUCUGAGCCCUCGACAGAAGGACAAAUGAGGCAGUUCUCUAGUCCCAUGGUUGUAGAUCAUGUGUGCACAGAUGAUGAUGAUGAUGCCCAGCCCUCAGACACCUCCUCGGACACGCUACUCGAGAACCAACCUAGAUCCUUGAGUCCAGGCAAGUCCUCUGGGAGUCCCUUACAAACCACCUCUGGAAACUCUCAGCCUCACUCUCCGGCCACCCCUAGCCCCACAUCGAGGGCAUCUGGCUCUGCCAGUGGCUCCCAGCUGCCCAGCAAGGCUCAAGGCAGCUCUCGGAGACUCAGCAACUCCAACCGGUCCCAGCAACGUACUCGGCUCUCCAGCACCUCCCCAAGGCCUUCGCAGGCGGCCACACAGUGGAACAGCAUCACCACGCAGACACUGCCAAUGAUCCAGUCGCCCAGUUGCACCACAGUCCCCAUGCAGCCUACCAGCAAGGCUCCUAAUGAGCCAGGGGACUCUGUCCCCAAGCCCUGCAGACAACGCCAUAAGCCUCGGGACAAACAGCCCACCAACAACGGCUGUGUAACAGUGCCCCAGCUGCCUGUACCCUGUCACUCUGAGUCUUCUCGGGAGUACUUAUCUGAGUCCACAACCGAGAUCACCUGCAACUGGCCUCACUACAGACAUGGGCUGCACUGUGCCUGUCACUGCUGGUUCCUGAAACACCUGGCAUAAUUAAGUGCUACCUGAAACAUCUGCCUUUCUGUGUCAGCCACCGGAAACACCUGACCUGCUGGGGCUCCUGACUGAAACACCUGA